CCAAGCCAUAAAAGCAGUCAAUCUCUCACAACCCACUAUUUUUGAAACACUCCGGGGAUGUUGGUAAAUUGGUUUAUGGACUUAGGUAUAUAAUAAACUCCUUUCUUCCUCCCUCUCUCCCUCCAUGAGAAGUGGUGCAGAACAUAGAGAGAGAAAGAGAACUGAUGACUGCAAUUUAUUUCCAUGCUGAGUGUGGUCUUCAAAGCCUCACAUUGUCAUUCACCACUUCAUAUUCCCAUUCCCGCCAGAAAUGCUGCUGCUGCAGAAGCCACCCCAACCCCAAAUCCAAUAGCAUUAGUAGAUACACACAUAUUAGGAAGAAUCCCAAUUCCAAAAGGUUCACUCAUCAUCACAACCACAGCAAUGGUGGUGGUUUCAUGGAAUCCCAUUACCUGAAACUGCUGCAGAGGUCUUGCAGGGCUGGAAACUAUCAUGAGGCCCUGUAUUUCCUCGAAAGCAUGGUCUCCUUAGGCCACACACCUGACGUAAUCCUCUGCACAAAGCUCAUCAAAGGCUUCUUCACCCUUAAGGAUGUCGACAGAGCCCUUCAAGUCAUGGCCAUCCUCCAGAACCACAGCCAGCCUGACAUUUUCUCAUACAAUGCAUUGAUCAGCGGCCUGUGCAAGCUGAAUAGGAUCGACACUGCCAAUCAAGUCCUGAGCAGCAUGCGCCGCAGAGGAUUGUCGCCGGAUGUUGUCACCUACAACAUCAUGAUAGGCAGCCUUUGCAAUCGAGGCAAGCUUCGAUCUGCAAUGGAGAUGCUGGACCAGCUGCUGGCCGAGGACAACUGCCAGCCGAGCGUGAUCACCUACACGAUCUUGCUAGAGUCGCUUAUUCUCCAAGGAGGCAUCGGCGAAGGCAUGAAGCUCUUCGACAGGAUGCUGGCGAGGGGCCUGCAGCCCGACAUGUACACGUACAACACGAUAAUACGAGGAAUGUGCAAGGAAGGGCUGAUGGACGAGGCGUUUGAGUUUGUGAGGAGCUUAGCUAGUCGAGGCUGCAAACCGGAUGUGAUAUCGUAUAACAUAUUGUUGAGGGCAUUGCUGAAUAAAAGAAAAUGGGAGGAUGCAGAGCAUCUGAUGGUUGAAAUGUUCUCAGCAGGCUGUGAUAUGAACGUCGUGACAUACAGCAUCAUCAUAAGUUCUUUAUGCAAAGAAGGGCAGCUAGACGAGGCGAUUCGACUCUUAGACAUCAUGAUGGACGACGGGCUCAAGCCCGAUACGUACACAUACGAUCCCUUGAUAUCCGCAUUGUGUAAGGAGGGUCAACUGGACUUAGCCGUUGCGUUCAUGGACUUCAUGAUAUCGAGCGGCUGCUUUCCAGACAUUGUCAACUACAACACGAUACUAUCUGCAUUGUGCAAGAACGGUAGCACCGAUGAAGCUAUGGAGGUUUUCGCGAAUCUUGCAGACCACGGGUGUCCUCCUGACGUGAGCACUUACAACACGAUGGUGAGUGGGUUGUGGAAUGUCGGCGAUCGACGUAGAGCAGUGAUGCUCGUCGAAGAGAUGAUUGGGAAAGGGAUCGAGGCGGACGAGAUCACGUACAACUCGAUCAUAUCGUGCAUGUGUAGAGACGGGAUGGUGGAUCGGGCGAUCGAGUUGUUAGGGGACAUGGAGGCAAGUGAGUUCCUCCCAAGUGUUGUCACUUACAACAUAGUACUUCUAGGACUGUGCAAAGCUCGUAGGAUCGGCGAGGCCAUCGACGUGCUCGGGGAAAUGGUCGAAAAGGGGUGCCGCCCGAACGAGACAACCUACGUUCUUUUGGUGGAAGGGAUAGGUUUCGCAGGAUGGAAUGUGGAGGCUAUGGAGAUUGCAAGUGUUCUGUGUUUCAAGAAUGUCAUCUCCAAGCAGGCUUUGGGGCGUUUGAAACGAACAUUUGGCAAACACUACAGUUAAAGAAGUAGUUCUAAUAUGGAUGAUGGAUUCUUUUUUUUGUAUGGAUUCAUUUGUGUGUGUUUCCAAGAAUUCAUAAGGAUUUAACAAUGGGUGAAUAAUACUGCUGCUGAUACUUUCUUACCAGGAAACAUCAUUGUCUGCAAACACAUGAUCGACCAACAUAUGGUAAAGAAUUUAAAAGUUCAAACAAAGGCUAAAAAAAGGGAAAGAAAGUGCAUAAUUACAAGGGCCAUUCGGCACUAA